UAAUAAUAAAAAUAAUGUGAAAUUAUUUCUUAGAUGUUAUUUAAAAAAUCAUGACCGAACAACAUAUCGACGAGGCUUUAGCCUCUUUGGAUAUUCUCAUGUCGGAGUUUUUUGCUCCGACGACAACUAAUAUAAGAAAACGUGAAAUUGAAAGCAUGCUGGAAGACUUUUCAAAUCGCAGAGACUCGUGGAAACAUUGUCUCCUAUUUCUUCAAAAGUCACAGAAUCAGUAUGUUUUGAUGUUCUCUCUAACGACGUUAGAGAACACUAUCAACAGACAGUGGAUUGGUAUAUCAGAUGAAAACAAGACAGAGAUCAGGUUAACACUAUGGAAUGAAUUAAUGGCAAAACAUGAAAUUAUGUUAUACUUCAUAAGAAACAAAAUGGCCCACCUUAUGGUUUCAAUAGCUAAAUAUGAUUGGCCACAUUUAUAUGAGGAUUUCUUUAGUAAUAUUGUCGAGUUAAUAAAACGGGAAGGCCGAGAGUGCUUACUAGGUCUCAUACUAGCACAGGCUGCAAGCGAAGAAUUAGGAGUUGCACGUGAUACUGGUGUACUGUUGCCUUCUGCUAGGAGGAAUCAAUUAGAGCGACUAAUGCUGAAAGGAAUGCCACAGAUGCUGGCAGCCCUUAGUGCAAUUUUAGAGAAAAACGCUCAGAAAGAAGGUCAAUCCAAUCCUCCACCAUCACCCACAAAUGGUGCUCCACAGACUUCAGCUCUCCCAGACCUAUUAGCAAAUGCUCACGAAAUACAAGCUGUAGAUAAGUGUCUGAAUAUGGAAAAUGUAGUGAAGUGUUUGACUACAUUACAGCAUUUAUUUUCAUGGUUACCACUAUCUUCCCAUGUGCCGCCUUCUCUUGUUACCACAGUAUUCUAUUGGGGGAGUAUAGCCACGCAGUCAAUGAGCGGGGAGGCAGCGCUGGCGGGGUUGGGGGGUGUGUGCGAGUUGUUGUACCGACGUUACGCGCCGCCCUCGUCGGCUGCCACGGCGCUGCGGCUGCAUCACGCCGCGUUGCGUUUGCUUCGGCACCUCACGCAUGCACCUCAUCAACUACCACACCUACAUCACGAUUAUUUGAAUAAACUAGCGGAGUUCCUAAAACUAUUUGUGUCAUUACAUUUCAAGAGAUUGGAGGCAGAACCUGAAUUCGAUGCCCUAGAAUUCCUUUCCUAUUUAUUCCAAUACACAUUCCAGGUGCCUACAUGUGCUAUAUUUGUAAAUUGUUUAGACAUUUGGAUACAGUUUAUUGACAUAUUGAAACCAGAGGAUAUACCUAAAUAUUGGGAAGCAUUACAAGCCUUAGUUAAUGGUGUGUUGAAUAAAAUACAAUUCCAGCAUAAUAAAGCACAACUACAACAUUUGGAUAAUGAUCUGUGUGAUGAUGAUGGUGAAACAGAAUAUCAGACAUUCCUGAAACAUUGCAUUGAAUGUGUGGCGAGAGUGGCUGAUUUGGCGCCUUUGGACGUAUUCACUUGCGUCUUGGAGCGGUGGCAGUGCCUGGUGGGCGUGCACGGGCGCGCGGCGUGGCGGGCGGGCGCGGCGGCGGGCGCGGAGGGGGAGCGCCUGCUCGUGGCGCUGCUCGACCUCGCCGUGCUCACCCGCGUGCUCGGACGACUCGCUCCUGCGCUGCUUUCCGAGUCGGAGAGCGGAAGGCGCGUGUCGGCGGUGCAGCUGGGCGGCGUGCUAUUGGAACGUGCGGGCGCCGCCCUCGCCGCGCCGCCCAUCGCCCGCGGCCACCCUCCGCACUACGCCCGUGCUCUACUGCACAUUCACGCCGAGAUGUUCGCGUGCAUGGGCGCUUGGUGCUGUUACGCGACGGACUGCGGCGUGCCCGUACAAACUAUGGAAGGCCUGUUCUCGUCUACGGUGCCUUUUCUGCUACCUCGUGAUAUCCCUGAACCUCCGUUACUGUGCCAAGCGGCUGCGCAGCUGCUACUGAGUUUAUCGAAAAACGUUAAGUUGACAAGUGAUCCCAUGUCGCUCGUCGGCGAACUGUACAAUCACGCGCAACGCUCCCUGCACUACCUGGAACCGAAAACGGCGGGCGCGGUCCGCGAGGCGCUGGUGUCGCUGUUCGUGCGCGGGACGGGCGAGCGUGCGCGCGCGCUGGUGGCGGCGUGGGGGGCGGGGGCGGGGGCCGCGCCGCGCGCCGCACUGCCGCCGCUCACUGCGCUGCUCCACGCCUUCGCGGACGCAUCCACGCACUCCAAAAAGAUAAUAGCGGAAGGCAUACAAAACGCAGCGGAAACUGCGCUUCGGAUGCUGUGCGAGCCUAGCGGAAUGUAUGCGGCCGCAGAGACCGAGAUAACGGAUUUCUUUCUAGCACUUUUUACCGCGUUGCUGCCACAGCUCGGAAACUUUACUUACGCCGCCAUCGACGUGUUCCUUGAUGUAGCUCAGAGGGGCGGCACGGAGGGCAGCCUGGAGCGGCUGGUGCAGUGCGUGCGGCUGGGCGUGGAGGCGGGCGGCGGCGGCGUGCGCGUGGACGUGGUGCUCGAGCUGCUGCACCGCCACGUGCUGCCGCGCGCCUCGCACCUGGCGCCGGACCUCGCGCGGGCCGCGCACGCACUGCUAGCCAGCGUAUUAAUUCAUCGGUGGCGAUACUUCUUCCCGCACAAGUGCGACACGGCAGAGGGGGGGCGGCGCGCGGACGAGUUCCGCGGCGCGCUGUCUGCGCUCGGGCGCGCGCUACUGCUGCCCGACAUAGAGCUGCUCAAGCUCAACAUCGCGACGCUCGAGACGCUCAACAGCAAGUGGAAACUCUAUCAUAAAGCUAUAUUCCGUUCGGAGUUCCUGUGCGAGUUCCUGUCGGUGGCACUGGGCGGGCUGGCGGAGGGCGGCUGGCGCGGGCUGGCGCGCGACGAGCUGACGGCGGCGGUGCACGCGAUGGCGGCGGUCGACUUCUCCGCGUUCCGCCUCGCCUUCUUGCCACGCUUCCUGCGCUCGCUGCCCGGCCUCGCGCCGCACCACCUGCAGUACCUCGAGAACUUCCCACCAGAUACUGAUCUCCCUACGUUUACACAGAAUAUACAUCGGCUAAUUAACGACGUGAACUGUUACCGCGCCUACAACGCGGCCGCCCCGGUCGACAUGGCCACCUGAUGUCUCCAGCCAAUGUACGUAAGGAAGUGUGAUAUCACUGUCAGUCCAUUCUACACUACUCGUGUAGUAAACUCGGGAAUUGUUCAAUAUGCUAUGAAUUUAUAAAAUUCACUUUAUUUCAGAUUAAUAUAGUAUUUUUGUAAAAA